AUGGAUAGUGCAAGCGAAUCUGGAAGCAGUGAUCUAGACGGUGAUUUUCAAAAUGCAAAGGCUUUCUUGCUGAAAACAAGUUUACAUUCGAAUCUAAAUGUGUAAGUAAUAUUACACUUUGAGGUCUCGUUUGAGGAGUUUUUUUCAAACAUAAACACCUUAGAUGAAAUCUUCUUUCUUCUUCUCUUUUACUUAGCUACGACCAUCUUGCAACUGUGAUUAGAAAGGUCUUGGAAGAGAAACCUGGAAAUGUUUCAGGCAAGCACUACUUGUAUAGUCUUAGUGGUUCUUGAGCGUAAUUUGCUUUACAUAGAAAAUUGUAAACGCUGUGUUAGUUUUCUGGUAGAUCCAUUGAUGUCUGCUUCACCACGUAUUUAAAUUUUUUCCCUUUAUUUUACAUUGAUACAGACUUGAUAGAAGAUCUUGUCAGAGAUGAAAAGAGAGCAAAAUUUUGUCCCAAUUUUGACACUAUUCAGGUAAUGCAACACUAAAUUAGCACUGAAUUAAAAAGUGAACUACGUGGUCAUAAAGUGUACAAGAAACAAACUUAGGGUACAGGAAGAGACAUUUUAUUUUUAAAAGAAUUAAGCAGUAUUCUAGAAUCAAGAGUCACACGCUUAACUGACAAAGAGAAGCAGAAAGUUCUCUAUAAUUACCAAGGGUGUGCAUAAUGUUUUUAAAAUUUAAUGACAAGCCGAGUUUUAUACACAGUUUAAUUGGCUCUUACCAAUGAUCUAUUGGAAGACAGAUGCUUAACCCUUUAACUCCCACGAGUGACCAAGACAGAAUUUGUCCUUACAACAUCAAUACAAUAUCAAGUAGACAAGUGAUGAGAAUAAAGAAAAAUAUCAGUUAGGGGAUUUCAAGUUGAUCCAAUACCAAAUUCUCCAAACUAACAUCACAAGAACUGUAUGGCAGACAGUAGAGAGAAUUACUAAUAAGAUCUUGAGAGUUAAAGGGUUAAAUGACAUCAGCUUUAAUAAAACUUUCCUCUUUUAUCUUAUAACAGAUAGAUUCCAUGUUGCCAUGGGUCUGUACUGAAGAAAUGUUAAAAUGGUUUCCAUUUUUACAUAGCCUGAUGUAAACACGCAGGAGGUUGGGAGAACACAAGAUAAGCAUAGGAAACCACGACACAAAGCGGAGUGGUUUCCAGCUUAUCGAGUGUUCUCCCAACCUCCCAAGUGUUUACAUCAGGCUAUGUAAACACAGAAACCAUUUAACAUUUCUUCUAUAAAAUAACUAAUGAAAGAGGAACGAAAACCGUGUUUACAUACACUCAUGUAAAAUGGUUUUAUGGCCAAUCAGAGUGCGCACAUACUAUUUGAAUUAUUUUAUAAACUGUAAUAGCACAUAGAAGAUGUUAUAAUGUGGUAAAAACAACAGUGCCACAUAAGGCGCAUCAUCUAUGAUCCAUUACUGAACAGGAGCAUGGUAACAUGGAAUCCAUUUGUUAAAUAGUGUACUCUGAUUGGUGUUUCUGUGAGCAUAAUGAGAUCCAUUGAGAUUAAGUUGCAAUGUUGAUAAUUAUGCUUUAUUUCUUUUUAAUAUUCUUCAAGAAUAAAGAAGAUGAAUCUACAGAGGUUUUACUUGCAAGGUCUCAGGUGGCAUUAUUUGAAGUAAGCUGUGCCGAAUUUUCUUGUAUCCAUCUGCUACCUAAAGUCUUAAAUACAUAUUUAGAGCAUUUUAGUAUGAUGAGUGCAAGGCAUUGUGGGAGAUGUGGUGACCAAAUGGUUAGAGUGCUGGACUCUAUGUUGGGAGGCCUGAGUUCACAAACUGACCAGGUCAUUGUGUUGUGUUUGUGGGCAAAACACUGUACUUUCACAGAGCCCCUCUCUCUACUCCAGAGUAUACAUGCAAAUGGGUUCUUGUAAAUUGUCAAUAAAUGUAGCCUAAUGAAAUGAUAGGGGGGUAGCCUUGCAAUGGACUAACAUCUCAUCCAGGGGAGGGUAGUGAUAUUCCUAGUUGCUUCAUGCUAUAGAAACCGGGAUAAGCUCCAGCUGCAUGGGUGGCUUGGUUUGAGUACGGACUUAACCUGAUGCUAGGUAUCUUUUGUAUCACAAUUGUGUUUUCAGAGAAAACCCACUGAGCAAGAACUGGAGCCUUUGAUGCGAGAUCCAGAUAUGGAAGAGGAGCAGGAGGAGGCCCCAUUACCAGAUCUGAUGGAACUUGCCAACUACUUUGAACAAGCUGGUAUCGGCAUUGGCAGAGAAGAAAUAUUUAGAAUAUUUUUGUCUCUGAAGAUUUUAAUUGACACAUACCCAAUUAGGACAUGCAGAUUUUGGGGUAAGAGCAAUAAUCAUAACAAAAAGUUUUGGAUUAUAUUUUCUGUAAAGGAUCACUGUAUUGAAAGAUAAGUGAUUUGUCUUUAACUGAACUAAUUUACAUUUUAUUCUAACAGGUAAAAUAUUUGGCAUCCAUGCUAAUUACUUAAUCGCUGAAGUGGAGUUCUUUGAAGGAGAAGACCCUGAGGAGCCACUUGAUGAUGAACAACAUCUAGAACAACAAGAGGUUAGAACCUAUAUUCUUAAGUUAUGCAUAUUUCCUAAUCAGCCUGAUAUCCAAUAUUUUAAAGAUGUUAAACCAAGUUUUGAACCAGAAGGCUGGACUUGACAACAAUUGAUCCCUGUCUACUUUGGAAUUUUUAGUCCGAACACUUCAAAUCCUUUUCAGGACGAUGGUAAUAAUGAGAUACUUGAGUCAAGAUGAAAAGCAGCAUAACAGCGCAUGCACAUGGAGGCAUACUAUCCAAUCACACAAGCACAACAUGCACACUGUCCUAUCAGCGCUCAAAUUGGACAGGCAAUUUUUCAAGAACUUUUUGUUUCACUUUUAAUUAACAUGGGAAAAAAAAUUAUGAAGUUCAAGUACAACAAGCUUUUGGGAAAUGGUUAAUAUUUUUUUUUUAAUUGUUUUCUUUUUACCACAGAAUGAAACAAAAACAGACAUCAUUAAAGAAGGUGAGAGAUAUUUUGCACUUCAAACCAGGUCGAUAAUUAUUUAUCUUUGUGUCUUAUAUUUAUUAUCAUAAUCUGAAAAAAAGAAGGUGACAAUAAACAGAUGAAAAAAAUUCAAGACCAAAGAAAAAUUUGAUCCCACACACAUUCAAAGAUGACAACUUUAUUCAUAAUUAUUUUAAAUGCCCUUGAAUUUAUUGGCCCCAUCCAUUUUGAUUAAUUGUGGUUCAUACUUGUGCCUGCAAUCAACAUAUAAACAUAUUUACAUAUAAAGUUCUAUUCUUUUUUAGGAGAUUUUGAUGUAGAGGAAGAUGAUGCUCCACAGGCAGACUUCAAACCACCUCCAGUAAUCCCCAAAGAAGAAAACAGAACAGGCUGUAACAAGAAAACAUACUUUGUAUCCAAUGAGCGUGAGUUGCUUCAGACUCAUAGAUCAUAAUUUGUUUAACCCCCUAACUCCAUGAGUGAACAAGACAGAAUUUUUUCUAACAAUAUCAAUACAAUAUCAAACAGACAAGUGAUGAGAAUGAAGAAAAUAUCAUUCAGGGGAUUAUUUGUUGAUCCAAUACCAAAGUCUCCAAACUAACAUGAAAAGAAUAUUGUAUGGCAGACUGUAAGCUAGGGGAAUUAUUAUGUUUCAUUUUAAUAAAGUGUUUAUUGUAAUCUUACAACAGCUGGCGGUCAAUGGGUCAGACUACCCCCUGUCACUCCAGCACAGAUUGUUGUCUCAAGACAAGUCAGAAAAUUCUUCACAGGAAAUCUUCAGGCACCUGUAAGUUAUAAGUUACACAAUUUGAAUUAAAUCUUCAAAAAUCCAUACUGCCUCAGCUCCACUGGUAAAUAAUAAACUUUACCGAGUGUAUUUAAUAUACCUCACACUUUGACCCCUACAAAAUCACCCCUGAAUCACACACCAAAGUCAUGAGAAUGAAUUAAAUGAUCACCAACUAAAGAAGCUUGUGAUUGUCCAUAAAUUCUCCUGAUCAAUGCAUUAGAAAAUAUAUAGAGAACAGUAUGGAGAAUAUGCUUACUGAUGUUAGGGUGUAAAGUGUCACUGUUAUUUCCAGCUUAUUAUCAGUCGGUAAUCCGUUAAUUUUUCCGCAAACAGUUGUUGGUGCGGGUUAUUUGCCAGUGCAGGCAAUCUGUUGAAAUUUUUUUCUUGUUAUUGCAAAAAUUGACUGAUGUGGAUAAUCUGCUGUACUGAUAAAUGGACAGAAAAUACGGUAAGCCUUUCAGUUAGUUUAAUUUGUAACCUAGCAAUUUUAAUCAAGAGAUUUUUCAUCAAUAGGUUGUGAGCUAUCCACCAUUCCCUGGAAAUGAAGCCAACUACUUGAGAGCUCAAAUUGCCAGAAUAUCAGCUACAACACACAUCAGUCCUUUGGGUUACUAUAUGUUUGAAGAGGAAGAGGAGGAGGAUGAUGAUAUAGGAGGUACAAAGCAUAUUCAUUUGCACUAUUUUCCUCUUUCCCUUCUUUCCUCCUUCCUUCCUUUCUCCCUUCCAAGCUUUUCUCUCUUAAUACAAUAAAUUGGCUCUCCUUCCUCUCUGCUCCCCUUUUUCCUCUUUAUCACCUUAUACACUCCUUGCCUUCUUUCUUUCUUUCCUUUCCUCUUUCUCUCUCUCUCUCUCUCUUUCUUUUUCCCUUCCCCUUUUCUUUUUUUUACCUUUCUUUCUUUCCUUUGUUCUCUCUUUUUUCAUCCUUUCUUUUCUUCUUUCUUUCUCUCUUUUUCUUUCUUUCUUUCUCUUCCUUUCUUGUUAUCCCCAUGCCUUUCUCCCUUGUUCUCUUUAGCUUCCUUUCUUUCAUCCAUUCAUUCCCUUUGUCGCUAUCUGAAUACUAAAUUCAAUGCUUUGUGCAAUUUUCAGCUCGAGAUUCUUUUGUGGUGAAUCAUGAGUUUGAAGGACUCUCAAUUAAUGACAUGGCUGAUCCAUCAUGUGCAAACUGGGUUCAUCAUGUCCAGUACGUUCUUCCACAGGUAAGCUGUGCUUAGGUAACUUUGAAUGUCUGGCUAGUUAACUAUUGGGGUGAGUUUCAAAGUGACAGUAACCUCACAGUAGUCCUGAUCUCCAACAAUUCUGAUUAAUUUGAAAUUGGUUAUAAUUACCCAAAAUCAUUAUGAAAACUUUAAAUUUUAGUGGUAAUAAACAUCUCACUGCCAGGUGUUUACUGGGUGUCCCCUUUUCUGUUUUCCUUGGGGAUUCCAUUUCAAGGCUUGCCUUGUACACUGUCCAGAUGUUUCCUUGUGGUGUGGCCAAUCCAUCUUCACUUCCUCCAGCUGAGUUGUAUUUGAAUGGGUACCUGACCUGAUCUUUCCCAUUGUUCUUCCUAACCAAGUACCAAUUUGGUUUUGCAGGGUCGUUGUACUUGGUUUAAUCCUUCACAGAAGAGAGAAGAAGAAGAACUUGAGGAAGAAGAGGAAGAUGAAGAGAGGGAAGAACCAGAUGAACCUGAGCCAGAGCAAGGUCCUCCCCUGCUGACACCUCUCUCAGAGGAUGUAGGUAAGGAAGAGUGCUUGAUGGUUCUGUUUUCACAGUCAUGCUGUGGCAACUGAUAUUCUGCCUUGCCUAGCCUGCUAUCAUCUUUGUAUUGGAGUGUGGAUGUGCCCUAUAUUGGCACCCCCCCUCCCCCCAUGAAUAACACUUUAAGGCCACAAGAAUAAAGGAAAUGCUAACCCUAAGCAAAGAAGUUCUAGAUUGUACUUAAAAAGUGUUUUGUUUUUUUUUUUACUUCUUGACCCCUAAAAUUCACUAGCAUCUUAUUUCUCCUUACAGUUUUACCCUUGAAUGAAACAUAAAUGUCAUGAGAAUAACAGAAAUGAUCCCCAACUAAAGAGGCUCUAGACUGUUAAACAAAUUAUCCCUGUCAGCACCCUAGGAAAAUGAAAAUAAAGCAGUAUAGUUAAUAUGCAUACUGAUGUUACAGUGUAAAAGGGUAAUGCAUCUACUCCUGAAAAAUACCAGAGUGGCCAUGAUCUGUGAGACUGACAACACAGUGGUGUGUAUUUUUAAAAAGAUGAAUCAUAAACGCAUGGUCGUAAUUUAAUAUUCUUACUGUUCUCAAUUUCUUUUGUUGACAGAGGUUGAUGGCAUGCCCCCUUGGACAGCACAGAAGUCUUCUACCUUAAUUCCACAGUACUCUUUAGCAGUAAUGCACUCCAACCUCUGGCCAGGAGCACAUGCAUUUGCUCUUGAGAGGUUUGUAUUCAUGGAAUAACUGAUUCCUUCUGUAACUUCAUUAAUGGUUAAAUAUUUCUAGGAUGCAUCUAUGCCAGAUUUCUUAAGCCAUCCCCUCUCCACACCAAUCUUUAACCUACCUGUACUACUAUAUAGAUCAACCCUUUUGCUCCUAAAGGUGACCACCAUCUAAUUUCUCCUUACAGUAUCAUCCCUCAAUCACACAUCAAGGUCAAUAGAAUAAAGGAAAUGAUCACCAACUAAAGAAGCUCUUGGUUGUUUAACAAAUUCCCCUCAUCAGCACCCUAGGAAAGUAUAGGAAACAGUAUAGAGAGUUGGGGUGUUGAGGGUCAGGCAGUGAAGACAUAAAGCUUUGAUAAUAAUGCAUGCAGAAGGUUGACAAGUCUGUCAGUGAAAAGGGCACUUGGAGAGCAUGGUCACCCUUAUUAAGCCGUUUUAGUCAACCAGUUCCAAAACCAGACAUAAAAUUCUGAUUCAAUAUCUUCAAGUGGAAGAGAAAAGAGAGCUACCAGUUUUAUUACCAUUGUCACUUUUCUAAGAGAGAGAGAGUACAUGAAAUUGAAUUGGAUAACAAUAUCAUUGAAUACUGCACUUUGAUUUGCAAUAAUGCAGUGUUAUGACAUUUUCAUACAACAACUGAUUAAGUCCAGAAAUAUAUUUUGAUAAAAUUUCAAUCUUCUCGUCCAUCCUAGAAAAUUUGAGAACCUCUAUGUUGGUUGGGGCCAGAAAUUCAGUGCAGAAAACUACAGCCCACCACCCCCUCCAGCACCUCAAGAGGAAUUCCCCAGUGGACCAGAAAUCACUGAGGCUGAAGACCCAUCUGUGGAGGAAGAGAAGGCCCUGAAGGCUGCUCAACAGGAAGCAAUGGAGGCUGCUGAGAUGGAGGAUGAGGAAGAUGAUGAUGACGAAGAUGACUAGUUUCUGUUUUGGUGUUCAAUUAAUUUCAGUGAAAUUGUGAAUCACAUUGUUUGCUUUUUUGAAUGUAUAUAACAACCAACAUUUAAAAUUAUGAUGUAAACAAACUUGAAAAGAAUCAGUAUCUUGUGUCAACAUACACAUUUUUAUUUUGUUGCUUCCUUUAUAAGCAAGUUAUAUGUCUCUUACUUAGGUCCAGAAAACAGAAAAACAUGUACAUAUUAUUGAAAAGUUUUGCUUUUCCAAACUGUUACUUCUGUUGAGUUUAUUGUGUCGUACAUGAUAAAGCUUUCUUAUUAAAAUGUGAAUUGAGUCAUAACAAAAGCGGAUUGAAAUGUUUCACAAACCAUUUUAAUUACUCAUAAACAAACUACAAGGCUGUUAGUAAAACUUAAUGACAAGUGUUUUAAAGAGGUGAUCUAAUGCAUUGUACAUUUCACUUGUAAAAUACACAACUUUAACAAACAUCCAUGUAGAAAAAAAGUUAUGUAUUAAAUAACUGGUGAUUACCACUGCAUUGCCUGCUGUUUCAGUGCUUUGUAUUGGCCCUGGUUGUUAGAAGGCUGGAUAAAUAUUGCUAUCCAGCAGAUAGCAUAUUUAUGUUUUGUUGGCACUUAUGUGCUGAACAGCAAUUUGUCCAGUGGAUAACACUAUCUAGCCUUUGAACAACUAAGAACUGGUUGUUAAAAUGAACAAAAUUAAAGACAGCUACUAAAAACAAUCACA